AUGGGUGAAGAGAACGAAAGCCCUAAAUCUAUGAAUGGCGUCAGCAAAAGCAUCAAUGAAAAUAGUGCGGAUGAACUUGACGAUCUAUUUGGCGGUGCGGGUAGUGACGAAGAACGUGAACGAGUAGGUUCUGAUGAUAUUACUCCAAUUGCCUCACCCAUUAAUUCAGACGAUGAAGAGGAGGAGCCCACUAAUAUAGACGACGAAGAACGCCGGCUAAACUUUGAGUCCGAAUCAAUGUCGAAUGUAUUUCGCUUACCAUUAAAAAGUUGGAAUAAUAAGUAUAUUGUCGCAAAAGUACCAAACUUUUUUCACUAUACAACUGCUGCUUUUCGACCAGAUACCUAUAGCCAAGCUGAUGAUCAGACUGUCGAAGACGCGAUAAAGUUGGGUGCACAGGAUGGGCUGCGUUGGCGGUACAAAAAGGAUCCAAUAACACGUGAAGAGGCACGUAUUAAUAAAUCAAAUGCCAGGAUAAUAAAGUGGAGUGAUGGAUCAAAGACUCUUCUUAUUGGAAGGGAACAAUUUGAGAUAUCUAGUGAAUCUUUAGAAUCAAAACACCAGUUUCUCACAGUUCCCCAUCGAGGAUCAAAUACUCUCGAGCUUCACGAAAAGCUCACUGAGCAUAUCAACUUCUGUCCUAUUACAGGCAGUGCUACUCAUAAGAAAUUAACAAUAGCCAUUCAAUCUAGGCAUGCAAAGCAAGUGAAAACCCAGUUCGUUGACGUGAAUAAGGAUCCCAAAUUAGUUCAGCUUCAAAUAGAGGCUGAAAGAGAAAAAAAACAUAAUACGCAAAAACGCAAUGCGAAUACGAAUCGUGGUGUACCCAAGGGACGCAGAAAGCAUGAUAAUGAUUCUGAUGCAGAGGAAAGAAAUUCUGCAUUUGGUGUUAGUAAACCACGGAAUGACUCGUAUGAAGACGACUCUGGGUUUGUGGUUGCGGACGAGGAUGAUGACGAUGAUUUUGAUAGACUGAAGCGGCGUCGCAAAGGAAAGGAGAAAAUGAUUGAUAGUUUUCGUAAAAAAACAACUUCCAUGGACGACGAACCAUCUUACGAGCAUCGUGAUCGUCAUGAACGGCCCAAAAAACGUGUAAAGGAUCAUCAUUAUAUUAAAGAAGCACCUAAAUCUCGCAGAAAUAAUAGUUUCGGGGAAUCAGAUGAAGAGAAUCAAGAUUAUGCUGAGCAGGAUCAGGAAAAUAAAAUGCGAAG